GCAGUCGCUGCCAGUCCAAAAAGAUUCGCUGCAAUCGAGUCGCCCCGCGAUGUGACAAAUGUGAAUCUAUCGGGGCCGAGUGUACAUACCUGCCACGGAAGCGACGGACCAAGAAACAAGGUUGACUAUAGAAACGACAUCAACGAGAAUAGUGUUCUAUUAGAUGUUAUUCACCGCCUGGAACGCCUAGAAGAACAUUGUGGCCUGGAGAAAGCUCCCGACAUCGACCAACAUGGCGAUCGUUCCAUGUCAUUUUCAUCCGUCGCUUCGGACACCUCUAGACAUGUACCCUCGGACAAGUCCCAUGUUCCAACCAUGCCCGGCGUGAUCGGUUGUAUCUUGAGUCGCAUCAAAAAUCCACAGAGUAGGGCACUACUCCUCUCCAAUGUCUUCAGUCACCUGCGAACUGUCGAAUCGUGCUUUUUCGAAAACGAACGCUGCGUGGCGGCCAUCGCUGCUGCAAUGUCAGAAAUUGAAUAUCUGCAGAACAUACCAGCCAACGAGCCACCAGCGAGUCCUGAAAUCCCAAACGACCUGGCAAAGGAUUUUAUUCAGAGCAAGUUCGUCUCCUGUUUCAAAAUUCCUCUGGAGAAAACCUUCUUGCUUUCCAUCCCUGAUUUACUGGAAAACCCUCACAUUCAGCUUGACUAUACGUCCCAAAUCAUCUAUCAUGCCGUUCGUCUUUCAGGGAUCGUACUGGAUUCCGGCUCUCACAAGGAUAACGGCGGCCUUAUCCGAAAUCUUUGCCGAAUGUGUCUGGACCUUGCCGAUUGCUGGCUGGACCAUAUUCAGAAUACCCCUGCCGACCUCUUUGCGGCAGUAUCGAUGGCCCUCGAAAGCUGCAAUAGCGAACUGGCCUGGAAGAUGCUCGGCCAUGCCUGCACGAUCGCUAAGGCCUUGGGAUAUUUCUCUGUGGACGGGAAUCCAGAAGAGGCAGAGGAAAAGCGGUCUCUCACGCAGGGAUCGACGACCGACGAAACCGAAAUAGAUAAAAAUCGAAAACGAUUCGAGUUCUGGCAUUUACUUCGAACGGAUUGUCUCUUCCGACUGUCCUUCGGUAAGCCGACACUUAUCUCGGCUGGGUGCUGGAAGGUCAACUUCCCAGAUCCCACAAUUAAUGGCGUUGAUGAUGAAUCUUCUCGCUUCGUACAAAUUCAUUUCCUGGCUUCUAUGCGACUAACCCUGGUGGUGAUGAAGUUCCUAGAUUGGAUUGACUCAGGGCCAGAUCCUGACCCUGUUUUGCAUGAUGCAACAGUCGACAGCUUCCUUGAGGAGGUGCAGUUGAUCAUGUCUGAUUGGGACAUAGACGAGCUUCUUGGCAUGGCCAAGUCCCAGGUCGACACAUGGUUCUGCGUGGACAUGAUCUUCAGCAGCUACAAAAUCCUCAUCGUUCUUCACCAGUCGAAGAAAUGCGACCAGGAGAGUCACCGUUUACCACCUCAAACUGUGGAUAUCUCUAGAAAGUCCAUACAAAUGUUCCAGUCCCUCCUAGGACCAUCAUUACAGGCACAUUGGGGAAUAAGUCUCAUCUUAAUCCACCAGUUCAUUCCUUUUUUCAUCCUAUGCUUGGAUAUAAUUGGGAGUCCUGAGCGAGACGACCUUGAGACAGAUAUCACUUCGGUGACCUGGAUUAGUGACUAUGUCGAAAAGGUCGUCGAGGAGCGUGCCGAGCUAAGGCCUGUGAUGAUUAUCAUGAAGGCCAUGAUGUACGCUUGCCACCAAGUCAAAACGAAAUGA